CGGCCGGGAAUAGCAAUGCAACAACUUUGCUGAUCUCCAGCAGUUCUCUCGAAUGACGAUAAGAUUAAAACGAAUUUUGUGAAUAAUUGUGUCCUACACGAAGCGUAUAAACAAUACGGGUUGUUAAAGUGUUUCGUUUUCUUAUGAUUGAAGAAAAAGUACAUGUUUUCUUAUUAGCUGCAGGAGAACGAUAAAAAUAACUAGACAAAAAUGUGGAUAUUGGUUAAUUUGAUUAGAUUUAUUGGUUAGUAAGAUGAAGAUGCUGAAAAGUUGCACAAAGUGACAUUGGAUGUGACACCAUCGGAAUAUCUACUGCCCGUAGCAUAAGAGAUUUUCGGAAAAUGAGUAAAGGCAAUAUUUCGUCCAUACAAAAAUUAAAACUUUGGUUUUAUACUUUGUUCUAUCACUCGUCAUUCUCAUUCGAGUAUGUGGUUGACACUAUUAUGGAACCCAUAUUCUGGUUCGUGGAUCAAGUAAGUCAGCCUAUCCUUGGUCCUGCCUUCGUUGUGGUUGUGGUCAUCUUGGUCUCUUACGUCGUAGUCGUGGCUCAUUUAAUUGGACUUCCAUUCUGGACGGCCAAGAGCUCAACCUUCACUGCAUUUCUUGCUGGGACAGGAUACUGGAUUUUGACCAACUUGACAUUUAACUUUUAUAAAGUCGCUAAAACCUCACCAGGACUUCCAACUGACACGGAACGUUUAUUAAAAUGCACUGUUACGAUCUGUAAAAAGUGCAUCAGUCCCAAACCGCCGAGAACUCAUCACUGCUCGAUUUGUAAUCAAUGCUAUUUAAAUAUGGAUCAUCAUUGUCCGUGGGUGAAUAACUGCGUAGGACACUUCAACCGGAGAUACUUUUUCAUGACAAUGGUCUACAUUGUGCUGGGGUGCUGUUUUAUUAUGCUAUUUGGGGUUGAACUUGCAUUUCGUGAGGUUAUCAUGGACGAACAUAUUCUGCCGGACUGCACCAAUGUCCAAACUCAGGAGUUGCCAUUGGAUAGCUCUGCAGAUGAGGAUUUGUCAGAAUGCGACGAGGAUUACGCACUAUUGUACUUGGGAAUAGUGGUUGAGCGUCGACUAUUUAGAUAUUUUAUCUACUUUGCUGGUUUACUAUGCAUCGGAACCUCUUUAGCCUUGGGCGGAUUGACUCUUUGGCACGCAAAACUAAUUAACAUGGGCGAGACUAGUAUUGAAUACCAUAUUAACAAGGCGGACCGGAAAAAGAGUGAUCAGGCAUUUGUCAAUCCCUAUGAUCUUGGAAAACGAAGAAACUGGGAGGUAUUGUUAGGACUAGAUCAACCCAACACGUCAUUUUUUCGUCACAUUUUAUUUCCGUCGUCACACAAGCCUACUGGAGAUGGAUAUGUAUGGUCACACAUAACUGAAGCAGCCAAGAGACGCAGGAAAUUACAAUAACAAUUUUGAAAAAGGAAGGACGCAUUUAAUUAUUUUUGCCGUUCUAGUCAGGGAUCUCUUCAUCAUUUGCAGUUACGAGCGCACAUACAUUAUUGUUUAUUGUGAUAUUGUGAUCUAAGUACUUGAAUAAACUAUUUUCAUUUUUGUAUUUAACAUUA